CAGGUCAGGGAUGUUGACGCGGCUGCUGAGAGGCGUGGGCGGGCCAUCCCGCGUUUCACCUCUCCUUAGGACACGCCCCCUCAGCACGCCAACCAAUUACGAGGAGGAACCGCCCAGGAUUCUCAUCACAGGCAGUUUGGGGCAGCUGGGCACCGGUCUGGCAAAGCUCCUGCGGGGCAAGUAUGGCGUGGAGAACGUCAUCAUGUCGGACAUCGUUAAGCCGUCCAAGGAAGUCGUCCAAUCAGGUCCCUACGUGUUCGCCGACAUAUUGGACUUUAAGUGCCUGCAGGAGAUCGUGGUGACAUACAGGAUAGACUGGCUGGUGCACUUCUCUGCGCUCCUCUCGGCCAUCGGGGAGCAGAACGUUCCUUUGGCCAUUAGGGUUAACAUCGAGGGCCUGCACAACGUGAUGGAGCUGAGCAAGCAGUACAACCUGAGGGUGUUCGUCCCGUCGACCAUCGGCGCCUUCGGGCCCGACUCCCCCCGGAAUCCGACGCCCAACCUCACCAUCCAGCGGCCAAGGACCAUCUACGGCGUGUCCAAGGUGCACGGCGAGUUGCUGGGCGAAUAUUAUCACAACAAGUUCGGGUUGGAUUUCAGAUGCUUGCGCUUUCCUGGCGUCAUUUCUUCCGACAGCCAGCCUGGGGGUGGCACGACAGAUUACGCGGUUCAGAUCUUCCACGACGCCAUCGAAGGGCGGGAGCACGAGUGCUACCUUCGGCCGAACACCCGACUCCCCAUGAUGUACAUCGACGACUGUCUCAGGUCGCUCUGGGAGAUGCUGAUCGCGCCCGAGGAUCUUCUGAAGAGGAGGACGUACAACGUAACGGCCAUGAGCUUCACGCCGGAGGAGAUCGUGGAGGCCGUGCGGCGCCACUUCCCUGACUUGCCUGUCACCUACAGACCGGAUUCACGUCAGAACAUAGCGGACACGUGGCCGGAGGUGUUCGACGACAGCGAGGCGCGGAACGACUGGGGCUGGCGCCACGACUACGACUUGGAGGCGAUGGUGGACAUCAUGUUCCAGAACCUUCGGCGGCAGCACCAGAUGGCCGAGACCCGGUGAUUCCUCUCGAGGCUGGCCUGGACGCCCGAACAUGUUUAUAUGUAUAAUGUAUAUAAGUUUUUAUGCGCUUUGCACUUUUUGUUAACUACUUUAUAAUAGGAAUUUUGUUUCAUGAUAAAGGUCAAAUACAUUUGUGAAAUCUCA